UAUUGGAGUUUUCAGUGAUCACAAUGACAAAAUUAUUUGCUUUAGUACGUAAUAAAGCAAAGCACUAUUGCGUGCAUAAAAGUCGGCACAUAUCCGAAAAUAAAAAAAGAGAUAAUAUUUGUAAAAAGAAAAUUAAAUUUAUUUGCCAGUAUGAGAAAACUGUAACAUUUUUGGAUAACAAUAAUGUCGAGAAUACUAAAAACAUUCGGGUGACGUCAAAUAUAACAAUAUCACCGAUCGAUUUAAAGAUGUUUAAAGUCUCGCAAUCAAGUACACCUAAAAUAAAGCUAGAAAUGUAUCAGAGAAAAGUAUCAAGUGCACAUCACGUCAGUCAGUCCAGUUGUGAUUACGCAAUGGCAGAUGACAUUUCCACUGUAAUUCCAAGUAUUAACCACAAUGACGAAAGAAUUAUGACUAGAAUCCGUUCGUGUAAGAAUAAUAAGAAAGUAUCUGCAGAUGAAACCAGUCUUACAGAAAAUGAAAUAGAGGAAUCAGGAGACGAUUCGGAUAAAUCUUACAAAGCUACAGAAUCUGACAAUGAAUCCAUUGAGAAUGAAAGCGAACUAUGCGAAGAUCAGUCUGAGGAUGAAAAUGGAGACAAUGACUUACACAAUAGUAAUUUACCUCCUAGAGUUAGUCAGGGAUCUCAAAAUACUUCAUCGUCACUUAUAAACUCAUUCAACAUGCCCGGAAAUUCUGGAUGGGAUGACAAUGACGUGAUCGCUGAAUUGACAUGUAACAAAGGGAAUUCAAAAAAAGACUUUUGUAUUUUUUGUAAAGAAGAAAUCUUGAAAAUUGCUCGUCAUUUCGAAAUUAAGCAUCGUGAUGAACCCGAAGUUCAAAGUUUUUUAGAUCUGAAAAAAAAAUCAGCUGAACGUAGGCGUGCAAUUGGAAUGUUACGAAAAAAAGGAAAUUUUGAAUUUAAUAAGAAACAAACGUACAAUCAUAAAGAUCAUAAACCUGGUGUGAUUAAAGUUGUAAGAUGUCCCAAUCAAGAAAGCAAACAAUCUGGUGGGAAUUUUGCACCAUGUUCAAAUUGCAAAGGAUGGUAUACAAAAAACAAUCUUCGUCAUCACUACCCUGCUUGUAAGGGUAAUGCUGCCAAUAGUAAAGGUAUUCUUGCUAAAGCACGUAAGCUACAAGGGCAAAUACAUCAACGUGCUUCCAAAGAUAUGCGUUAUAAAAUUCUACCCGCAAUGAAGUUAAAAAAUCACAGUGUAUGA